UUGUUUUGUCUUUGUGGCAAAUUAUUUAGUGAUAUAUUUUAUUUGUUAAAGGUCAAUCGGGACACGUUUGCACCACUAGUGGUGUCAACAUUAUUCAUCUUACUGACCUCGUUACUUGCACACUGCGCUCGAAGACUGGUGCAAAAGGCAGUUCGAGAACCAUUCAUCAGACUACUGUUCGAAGAAGCAAUAGCUGCUGCUGAAUUAUGCGGUUGCUGCUUUGAACUUAUCAUCGUUGCGGACAAUUUCGGUGUAGCUACAUAUGCGAUAUUUUUAUUCGCGCUCACGAUUUGGUGGUCGUUGAACUGGGGAGAGGCGACAGCGUGUCCCUACACUCAUAUUGAGGACGUCAUAGAAGGCAAAGGUGACAUAAGAAAAGCCUUACUUAAGACAUGGGCGGAGUUGGCAGGUGGACUCCUGGUGUUUAAAUACAUACAAAUGUAUUGGGCCUUGGAGAUCUCUGACACACAUAAAAAUAAAGCCUUCGAAGACUGUACGGCUGAUUUACAGGUUCCUGUUCUUUACGGAGCUAUAGUUGAGGGAGUAGCGACUUGUCUUUGUAGACUCGCGUCCAGAUCGCUGAGUGACCUAAAUCCAAGGUUUGCGACAGCCAUUGACUCUUUCAUAGGAACAUCUCUUGUUGUAGCCGGGGUUUUAUAUAGGAAUACGGUACUGACCUAUCACUAUGAAGACAGUAGUGCUAACGCCGACCUCAGUGUGUCAGUGUUUUGCAAAAUCCGUGUAGGAAAAGCUUUCGACUAUUCCGGUGGUUAUUUCAAUCCUGUUCUGGCUACGUCCUUGAAAGCCGGCUGCGAAGGUCACACCUUGGCUGAACACGCUAUGGUAUACUGGCUAGGGGCAUGCGCCGGGUCUAUCAUAUCAGUGUAUGUAUAUAAACUGCCAGCGAUUCAGAAGUACGUGAGCUCCACUGCAGAAUUCAACGGAGAUAGCAUCUGGGCUGAUAAGGAAGAUUAA